AUGCAGCAUUCCCGCUCCAAUUCCCCAUCGUCGCCACCAAGAAGACAGCCAAACAAUUUGUUCAACCAACCGGCUAGAGCUGUUUUCCCUUCCUUUCCAGUCAUGGGAGAAGCCGUUCCAAUGACCUUUUUUCCGAUGAGUGGAUCAAACACUUCCACACUUUUCCCAUCUUCGUUUGGACUACAACAGGCUCCGAGUGCAGCUCCUGCCAGACCAGAACUUCGAGAAAAUUCGGUGGAGAUCGUCGAGAGGAACUCUGCUCCACCACAGCCUGUCGGAGUUCGGCGCAGACCCUCUUGGCAGAACGAUAGUGCUCAGGCAAGAAAUCUCCUAACCCAAGCGGCUCAAAGAAAUCUCGAAGUGGACCAUCUCAACAAUUUGGAGCUGAAAAUUGAAGUGGAGCGGGUCAGGAAAGAACAAUUGACGAUUCGAUUGCAAAGAGAAAGGGAGGAGUUGAACUUUGAGAAGGAAAAAUCGGAACUUCUACUGGAAAGAAAAAGAGAGGAGUUGAACUUCGAGAAAGAGAAAUCGGAGCUUCUGAAGAAAGCCAGGGAAAGUGAGCUGGAAGAGCUGAGAACUGCGCCUGCAAGAAGAUCCGAUAUUCAGGAGAAGCCGGAGGUUGAGCAGAACUCAGGCACUUCGGGGGUCAGCGUUCCUGCCAACGUGCCUGCGAGAAGAUCGCAACAAGCGCCGGCCGAUCAGGUCCCAGGUCCUUCAAAUGUUGCGUGCCGCCGUGGAAAGCGGGGAUGCACAAGUACCGCGCCGAUUAAAAAGACUGUGGAAUUGUGCAAGCGGACCAAAACAAUUCCGAAAAAAUGUAACAAGUAG